AUCGAAAAAAAAUCUAUGAAAAAUAGCAGUUGUUUUAAAAGACUUUAACAAUUCAGAACAGAUCUUUUCCUCCUCUCAAUUAACGCAACAAAAUGAAAGGAUUUCUAAUUUUAAAUUGUUUAUUAUCCUUAAUUGUGCUCAGUAACACUUAUAGUUUCUAUAUACCGGCUAAGAUUGGCCGUCCUGGCGUUUGUAUGUAUCAUGGCAUGAUGCUGCAACGCGGUGACAAUAACAUGCUAUCUUCUUGCCAAAAUCUCCAUUGCAACGAUGACGGUUCAAUCCUGGUUCAAGGUUGUGGUCAUCAUCAUAUGCGCGAUUGCCGCAUUAUAGAUCCUACCAACUUGCAUCGACCCUAUCCUGAGUGCUGUAAAAUGAAUUUCCUUUGCACUGCCGAUAAUGGCCAGUAUUUGGUGCGUGAGCUCUCACCAUUGGAUAGACCAACUAUUGAUCCACAAACAGAACGUCUCAACCAUAACCUCAAUCAAAUGGAUUAUUAUAAUUAAUAAAUACGAUAUUUUUUCGAUCGAAUA